GUACAUUCGACCAUUAAAUUCUGCAAGCGGGAUCCGAAAUGGUCCCAUGAGAAGGCCUUCAAUCUUUCAUAUCUUCCACCGCCUGGAACACAGAAAACCAAUGUGGACCAUGAAGACAUAGAUGUAACGAUACACGAUAUUCGGCCACGAAAGGACUCCCUGAGCCUUGGUCGCGAAGGAUUCCAAAUUCUGGAUCUGGAGAGUAAACUUGAGUACGAGGAUUUCUUCGAUCAAGAAAAGGUGCAAAGCAUCUUUGCCGUGGAACUGCGGGAGGUGCUUCUGAAAUCCCUCGGAGCAAGCGGCGUGCUCAUGUUGGUACGUGAGGGAGAUCAACCUAUCACUACCGCUCACGAAAAGACAGAUUAUACCAUCGACCAAGUGCGUUCUCUUAUCGAAGAGAUCUCGGGCACUUUGCUGUCACCCAAAGUUCGCGUCCAAGCUGUCAACGUUUGGAAGCCCCUCAAAGGGCCUGUUCGCGACUGGCCUCUUGCACUUUGCGAUGCGAGUACAUUGAAUCCUUCGGAGGACCUCCAGGAGAUUGAUGCGGUAUUUCCAACAGGCUUUCUUGAAGGCUACACAGUACACUACAGCAAAGGCCAGAGAUGGUGCUACAUAUCCGACCAAAAGCCCUCGGAGAUGUGGCUUUUCAACAUCGCUGACAGUGCUUCGAGUGUACCCGGUAAA